AUGCAAAUACACACGCUUUUCUACACUGCUAUCGCAAUUAUUCCCGUCGCCUUGUAUCUCCUGCUCGGCCGGCCAUGGAGCGUUUCGUCAGACACGACCACAAACCCGGUUCCGCAUCCGACCUCAACUUCGAAAGUGAUCGUAACGGUCACCUGGGAUGAUGACAAGAAGACAUACAACAUUGGCGCUACACCACUUGCAAACGCGGACACCGUGGCUUCCGUCAAACUUGUUGUCAAGCAGGCUAGGAACCGCCCAAGGAUGGUCGAGGUGUGCGCUGAAGGAGUCUGCGAGAAGAGAUGGGCCGUGUCUGCUUGA